GACGGAGAUUAUAUUCCAAGGCUGAGGAGGACCAAAAGCAUACAGGUAAGCAACUCAAAAUGUAGAGGAUGGAUGUACAUACUUAGCAUCUUGUACGUAACAGAAAAGUAAUGUUUAAUCAGUGUGCUGACUUUGACUUCACUUUUUCUUUUCUGGAUGAACAGAAAGGUUGAGUUUGCUUCAGAUGAGCUUUUUGACCCCACCUCAGGCAGCAGUGGAGAGGAAUAUAUUCCUCACAGUAGUGAGGAUUCAUCUGAAGGUACAGACACAAGCGAAGUCAUUCAACCAGUCAAUCAGAAAGAGAGCAUGCUUAGAUUUCCAAUCCUAGGGAAGUAUGCUGACAUCGGAGAACUGAACGAUGUGUCGUCAAAGCAAAUCCUUAACAGAGGACGCUCACCUUCAAGAAGAGGGGGCAACUCUGGUAUGAGACGUAAAAGGCAAUGUUCAAGCAGUUCAAGACGUGCAUCCUACCCUACAACACAUGCAAGUAGUGGUCACUCAACAAAACGGAGUGGAGAGGGAGACCCUGAAUCUGUAUUACAGAAAACAACACCUGAUCUGGAGAAAGAUCUUCCUGACAGUGCCUCUUCCCUCCAUACAGAAGAUGUAGCUGAUGGUUCACUUUCCAUAUCUGCUGUCUGUAAAAAGGAGAAUGGGUCAAGAAUGUACAACAAAAAGCAAUACUGUUUGUACUGUAGGGAGGGAUUCGUAAAAAUGGCAAGGCAUUUGGAGCGUGCUCAUAAAGAUAAACCAGAGGUUGCACAGGCUCUGUCCUUUCCAAAAGGCUCCAAAGAAAGACGAAUGCAUAUGGAAUAUUUGAGAAACAGGGGCAACUUUGCACACAAUGUGGAUGUAUUAAAUGCUGGUGUUGGAAAUCUUGUUCCUCGCAAGCAACCAAGGAAGGAUUGUCAAGCACAGAAUUUCCUGCAUUGUAUACAUUGUCAUGGUUUCUUCACAAAGAAGGUUCUUUGGCGGCACAUGAUGACCUGCAAGUUCAAGCCGAGUGUUCCACAAAAACCUGGCAAAACUCGUGUCCAGGCCCUCUGCGCAUUUGCUGUACCUCCACCACCUGGUGUCAAGGUGGAAUUUUGGAAGCUGCUAAACAACAUGGUUCAAGAUGAAGUUUAUUCUGUACUGAAAUCGGAUGUCUGUAUCAUGGAGUAUGGUGAGCAUUUGUAUAACAGGCUUGGAUAUGAUGUUGGCAAACAUGAAUACAUCCGUCAGAAACUGAGAGAGCUAGGAAGGCUUCUGAUAUGCUCAAGAAAAACCACUUCCUUGAAGACCAUUAAAGAUCACGUCAAACCUGCCAAUUUUAUGCAAGUUGUGGAAUCAGUAAAACACCUAGCAGGCUAUGACAGUAAAACCCAUGCAUACAGGUGCCCAAGUCUAGCUCUCAAAAUUGGACACAACUUGACAAAGAUUUCAAUGCUUCUUGAAAGCCAUGCAAAUCUACAGAACGACUACAGUGCUGCAAAAGAUGCUCGUACAUUCCGCAGAGUGUAUGAAACCAGAUGGAAUGAACUGAUAUCAGCCGCAUCACUGAGAACACUUCAGGAGUCUAAGUGGAAUACUCCUCUGUUGCUUCCAUUCACAAAAGAUGUCCAGACUCUCCAUUCGUAUUUGGAUGUGCAACAACAAGAUCUUUACAGUAAACUGUCUACAGAGGUAUCCCCCCAGACGUGGGCAAAACUGGCAAAGGUCAUUUUGGCACAAGUCAUUUUGUUUAAUCGACGAAGAGCUGGGGAGGUGUCAAAAAUGACCCUUUCUGCAUAUGUAUGUCAAAAUCCAUCAGACCCACAUGAAGAUGUGAAUGAAGCCCUCUCAGAUCUAGAGAAGAAACUCUGUCAGCAUUUCAGCAGGAUUGAGAUAAGAGGAAAAAGGGGAAGAAAAGUUCCUGUGCUUUUGACCCCAGUGAUGAAGCAAGGACUGGAUCUGCUUGUCGGCACACGGCAGGAAUGUGAGGUUCCUCGGGAGAACGUAUACCUAUUUGCAAGACCAUCGGCUUUGACCUGUUACCGUGGGUCUGAUUGCCUUCGACACUUUGCCAAGGUCUGUGGUGCAAAAAGUCCUGAAAGUCUCACUUCUACAAAACUACGCAAACAAACAGGAACACUGUCUCAAGUUCUCAACCUCAGUAAUACAGAGCUGGAUCAGUUAGCGGAUUUUCUUGGCCAUGAUGUUAGAGUGCACCGGCAGUUCUAUAGACUUCCUGAAGGCACCCUCCAACUUGCAAAAAUUAGCAAAGUCCUCAUGGCUCUGGAUCAGGGACGCCUGGCAGAAUUCAAGGGCAAGACACUGGAUGACAUUAACAUUGAUCCCGAAGAAAAUGUGCUCUUGGACAGCGAACAUGAGUCAGAGUCAGAGAGUCAGGUUACAACUACUCAGAGGGAAGAGAAUGACACAGCAGUGCCAGAUGUCAGUGAUAGCAAGUCCCAAAAGAGGGAUAAAAAGAGUCAGGUUACAACUACUCAGAGGGAAGAGAAUGACACAGCAGUGCCAGAUGUCAGUGAUAGCAAGUCCCAAAAGAGGGAUAAAGGUCGUCAGCCUUUCAAGAGAAAGAUGUGGGAGAAAGAGGAGAUCCUUGCUGUUGAGAAGCACAUGAUGUCCUUCAUCACUUCAUGCCGUGUUCCGGGAAAAAGUGACUGUGAUAAGUGCCUUGAACUGGAGAAAGUAGCACUUAAAAACAGAAAUUGGCUGGCCAUUAAGUUCUACAUUAAGAAUCGAAUCACAGCUCUCAAGAACAAAGUUUAAAAUGUUUCUGUUGGCACUUGUUAUGCUUGUUAUGUCACGUUUAAAUUAUAACGUGUUGUUCAUUUAAGACGUUGUUGAAUGUUGGAAUUAGAUAUGUGGUACCUAGCACUUAGAAACGUUAAAGGGUUAGUUCACCCAAAAAUGAAAAUCCUGUCAGUAAUUACUCUCCCUCAUGUUGUUCCAACCCCGUAAGACCUUCGUUCAUCUUCAGAACACGAAUGAAGAUAUUUUUGAUUAAAUCUGAGAGCUGGAUCACUCCUCCAUAGGCUUCUAAGGGAUUGAAACUUGCCAGCCCAGAAAAGUUAUUAAAGACAUUGUUAAUAUAGUCCAAGUGACUACAGUGGCCCAAUCUUAAGUUUAUCAAGCGACAAGAAUACUUUUUGUGUGUGCAAAAAACCCCAGACUUUAUUCCACUAUUCAUUUCCUUCUCUCUGGGGCUCGAGUGAGUUCAUGUAGUGUAACAUCGUAGCGCUUCUGUGUUAUACAUCACACACAUGACCAGCGUCGGCCAGUAGUGAGCCUACGUGUGAUGUAUAACACAGAAGCGCUACGAUGUUACACUACAUGAACUCACUCGAGCCCCAGAGAGAAGGAAAUGAAUAGUGGAAUAAAGUCUGGGGUUUUUUGCACACACAAAAAGUAUUCUUGUCGCUUGAUAAACUUAAGAUUGGGCCACUGUAGUCACUUGGACUAUAUUAACAAUGUCUUCAAUAACUUUUCUGGGCUGGCAAGUUUCAAUCCCUUAGAAGCCUAUGGAGGAGUGAUCCAGCUCUCAGAUUUAAUCAAAAAUAUCUUCAUUUGUGUUCCGAAGAUGAACGAAGGUCUUACGGGGUUGGAACAACAUGAGGGAGAUCAAUUACUGACAGGAUUUUCAUUUUUGGGUGAACUAACCCUUUAAGAUGUUGCUUGUAAAAAGAGCCUGUGAGUGUUUAAAGGAGUUAAGAUGAUUCAAUAUUCCAGCAGUUGAAAUUAAAAUUUUGCAGUCAGUCUAUUGUUGUUACUAUUCGUUGUUACUAUUUGUUGGGAUUUGUGUCCUGUAAAAUGCUGACCUUAAUUGUGACCUUUGUGUUACAAGGCUUCAUAUUGCACUAUUGCUAAUCACAAACGAGCUCAGACAUCCUGAAGAAAGGGACUUAUUUUCUGACUAAGGGAGUAUGGAAACAGUUUACUUCGGUUGCACUUAGCAACUACACAACAGCAUGUUGACUAAUAAUAUAAUAAUACUCUACCGGCCAACCUUUUCAACCUUACCAGUAUAUAAUAUAAUUAGGUUGUACAAUUACAUUACACCAAUUUUGCCAGAAAUUAUGCUCCAGCAAAUAUCUUGGCACAAGACAGUUGUAAUUGGCUCUCAAAGUAAGUUUAACCUGAAUGUGUGUCAAGUGGUACCCAGAAGACUGAAAAACCAGAUAGUGUGUAUAUGUGG